UCACCAACGCAACCCGCUCCUCCACUCCACCCUCCCAGGAAUCUUCCGGAGCACGGGGUUCGCGCUUCCAUGGCGGACAUCGAGGGGGCGGCGAGAGCUCCACCCCGGCCGGCGCCACCUCCGCCGGCGCCGAGGGCCGCGACCGCGGAGAUGAAGGCGGCGGCAGCCGACGCCGUCAUCUACUGCUUCGUCAGCACGAUGUUCGUGGGCAGCGCCGCCAGUGCCGCCCUGGUCGUCGCGCGCUACGCCUUCGGCGGCGGCUCCACGUACGCGCACGCGGUGGUGGCCUUCGCGAGGGACGCCUCCCUGCGGGCCCUCGCCGCCGAGCUGCUCCUCUGCCCCUUCACCAUCCUGCUGCUGCUCCUGCGCCUCGGCAGACGGCAACCCGAGCCUCCUGAGGAGGUGAUACUGGUAUGGAACCGUGGCAUUUUGGUGGAGUAGAAGAUCUAACUUCUGUUUGUCUUCUGUGUUAGAGGAGACUUAAUUUCUGCAACCACAAGUUAUCUGAAUUAUGAGGUGUGAUUGUACAUAACCUUUCAGGACAUGUGAGGCUACUUCCAGGUUUCAUCGCACAGUUCCCUAUUCCGAAAUCAUUAUGGUCUUAUGGACAUGCCAGGGAUAUACUAAACUUAUGACAAUUUUUAGUCUUGGCGCAAGAAUGGAAAGUGCAGUAUCAAUUCUGUGUAUCACUUUUGUUACACAGUCAGCAGGCCAGCAUUCUGCUACUGAUUGAUACUACAACCGAUUAAGCAUGUACUUCUGCUAAUCUUCUUAAGAUGAUACGCACUCGAUUGCUUUCUGAUGUUGUAGCUGUCUUUUCAUGUAAGUCUUCUCUGCCUAUCAUUUAAUCCUGCAACCAUGGGCUACUGCUGGCUA